GCGUUAGAAAGCGAGUUUGUUUCCUGCCAGCUUCACCAGUGGAUUGAUCUGAUUUUUGGCUACAAGCAGCAGGGCCCAGAGGCUGUGAGGGCCCUGAAUGUGUUCUACUACCUGACUUACGAAGGAGCUGUGAAUCUGAGUUCCAUAACGGAUCCCGUGUUGAGAGAGGCUGUUGAAGCUCAAAUCCGAAGCUUUGGACAGACCCCUUCCCAACUGCUCAUAGAACCACAUCCUCCAAGAAGUUCUGCCAUGCAGGUGUAUCUCCUCCUGCAGAGCCCCUUGAUGUUCACAGACCAAGCUCAACAGGACGUUAUCAUGGUUCUAAAGUUCCCAUCCAACUCCCCUGUCACCCACGUAGCAGCCAACACCCAGCCUGGCCUGGCCACUCCUGCUGUGAUCACAGUUACUGCCAACAGGCUCUUUGCUGUGAACAAGUGGCACAACCUUCCUGCUCAUCAAGGUGCUGUACAAGACCAGCCUUACCAGCUGCCAGUGGAAAUCGAUCCUCUCAUAGCCAGCAAUACAGGGAUGCACAGGAGGCAAAUCACUGACCUUUUAGACCAAAGCAUCCAGGUCCAUUCCCAGUGCUUUGUCAUCACCUCUGAUAAUCGUCACAUCUUGGUCUGUGGCUUCUGGGACAAGAGUUUCCGAGUUUAUUCCACUGACUCAGGUAAACUGAUGCAAGUGGUGUUUGGACACUGGGAUGUUGUAACCUGUCUGGCUCGUUCUGAGUCCUAUAUUGGAGGGAAUUGUUACAUUCUCUCAGGAUCCCGGGAUGCAACGUUGCUGCUUUGGUACUGGAAUGGCAAAACCAACAUCAUUGGUGAUAACCCAAGAGCCAGUGAUUUUGCAACCCCUCGAGCUGUUUUGACAGGACAUGACUAUGAGAUCACCUGUGCCACCAUUUGUGCUGAGCUUGGCCUGGUAAUAAGUGGUUCCAAAGAAGGACCAUGUCUCAUACAUUCUAUGAAUGGAGAUCUCCUGAGGACUUUGGAAGGUCCAGAAACGUUAACGGGUCCCGAGAACUGCCUGAGACCAAAACUCAUCCAAGCCUCCAGAGAAGGGCACUGUGUCAUAUAUUAUGAAAACGGCCUCUUCUGUGUCUUCAGUGUGAAUGGCAGACUUCAAGCCACUAUGGAAACAGACGACAAGAUCAGGGCCAUCCAGCUGAGCAGGGAUGGGCAGUACCUGCUCACGGGGGGAGACAGUGGAGUGCUGAUGGUGUGGCAGCUGUGGGACCUGAAGCAGCUCUUUGCCUACCCAGGCUGUGACGCCGGGAUCCGCUCCAUGGCCCUCUCCUACGACCAAAGGUGUAUCAUGACUGGCAUGGCCUCUGGGAGCAUAGUGGUCUUCUACAAUGACUUCAAUCGUUGGCACCACGAGUACCAAACCAGAUACUGA